AACUACAACUCUCGGUCUAACCCAAUAGCCGACAGCGGCUAUGAAUUGUCGACAUUUGCCACAAACAGCCGACACAUAGCGGUCAGCCAUAGCGCCAACCCAUCCGUCCGCACACCGGGUGGUCGUCGGGACGCGUCCACCGGUGACGACACAGAAGAGCCCCUUUGCUUAAGAAAUAAAACCAACGGCUCGGGUCCGGGCCUAGUAUUGGUGAUGCCAUACAUAGACCAGUACUGUAUAAUCGACUGUCGGAUGAUAUGCUAUGACAUACCGGCGCAGAAAGUGCUGAACAAAGACUCGCUGACCAUCGAUGUGGACGCUGUGGUGCUAUACCGGGUUCACAACUCUAUCGUUGCGGUCACUAAUGUGCGUAACUAUAGGCGGGCGACCGAACUCUUGGCCGCCACUACUGUUCGCAAUCUAUUGGGCACUAAAACACUGACACAAAUACUGGCCGAGUGUUCGCUCAUCAAUGACGCCCUGAGGCAUUAUAAAGUGACCACAUUUCACAAUACUAUUGCACUUUCAUUGCAGCAACACUUGGACGCGGCGACUGAGUUCUGGGGCGUAUGUGUGGAGCGAAUAGACAUCAAAAACGUAAAAAUCCCGGCGGAUAUGCAGUUCCCGCUGUCGGCCGAAGCGCAGGCCACUCGGGAGGCGAUCGCCAAAUACGUCGCCGCCGACGGAGAAAAGGGGGCGUCGAUGGCGUUGAAGGAGGCGGCGGAAAAUCUCGACCCCAUGUCUAUUCAGCUCCGGUUUCUCCAGACCUUAAAUAAUAUAUCCUUGAAAAAUAACAGCACUUAUGUGGUACCUAUUCCCACCGAGUUGUUUCAAUUAGGUAAUUACAACUCUCGGUCUAAUCUAAUACCCGACAGCAGCUAUGAAUUAUUCACAUUUGCCACAAACAGCGGACACAUAGCCGUCAGCCAUAGCGCCAACCCAUCCGUCCGCACACCGGGUGGUCGUCGGGACGCGUCCACCGGUGACGACACCGAAGGGCCCCUUUGCUCGUCAUUUAAUGGUUGGCACUAUACUGCACCCCCACUGCACCCUCUGCACCCCUGCACCCCUAAAUCUUGG